AUGGCUCAGGACUGGCAGGACUGCCCAACCCUGGGCCCUGUCUGGAAGCAUUGUGAAUCCUUUCAAAAGUCAGGGGCUUCUUGUGGACACUCAGACAUCUAUUAUCGGAGUCCUAUAGGAGACAAGAUUCGAAGCAAGGCUAAGCUGACUCAAUACUUAGGUCCUGCAUGUGAUCUCACCCUCUUUGACUUCAGACGAGGCAUCUUGUGCAACCCAGCUCCCAAGACCCAUCGCUUGCCUGUCCCCAGCAAGAAAAAGAAGCCUUCUAAACCAGUCAAGAUUAAGAAGCGUCAGGGUGGGCUGCAGAAGAGUGAUGUCAGGAAGGCGACCCUGCGGGCAGAGAAUAAGGCUGGCGCUGGCAGAGCUCCAGCGCGCUGUGAGAACUGUGGAAUCCACCUCCCAUGGAAUGAUAUCAGAAGGCAGAGGCUCAAGAUAUUAUGCAAAGACUGUAGAGAAAGAAUUGCCUUCAACCGAGAACAGAGAAUGUUUAAGAGAGUUGGCUGUGGAGAGUGUACAGCUUGCCUGGUGAAAGAAGACUGUGGGGUUUGCUCCAUCUGCCGCCUGCAGCUGCCCCAAGAUGUGGCCUCAGGGCUCUUCUGCAAGUGUGAGCAGAGACACUGCCUCCGGAUUGUGGAGAAGAGCCGAGGGUGUGGAGUGUGUCGGGGUUGUCAGAACCAAGAGGACUGUGGCUGUGGCCGAUUCUACCUUCUCCCUCCCCACCCUGGUAUCAAGCGCUGCUUGUGGCAUAAACGUGACCAUCUUAAGAGGGGCUCGAAGGUGGCUGCCCAGAGUCACUCCCAAGCUCAGUCAUUGCCUCCACUUCCUGCACCGCAGCACCAAGAGCCCACAGAGCUGCACAUCAGCGACCUAGUGCCCACAUCACCUAUUAAAAACAUUCAUUAA